UAUAAAAAAUUUGUGUGACACCACAUGGACAAUCGGCUGGAAACUUCACUUGCUCCAGAUAAAAUAAACAGCAAGAAGAGCAACAAAAGCGUUGAUGUUAUUAAAGAGGAUCGGCUUUCCUCGAUUGAAGUUAAGGAUUUCUUGGAACCAAUUCCAAGUUCCCCUGGAAGGAUCCCACAGGUCGAAGUUUCUGAUCCAGAAGCUGGGGGAACUGUUGGACUGGAUGCAAUUGUUAAUGACACUAACAUUUCUGGCGAAGUAAACAUGGAAGCGCUCAUAGUUCCUGAUGAUGUAAUAAGGGCUGGAGGUUUUGGGGCCAGAGACGAUAUAAGUAGCUUUCUUCCAGUUGCUAGUGAUUCUACAGACUUUGAAGCUGCUCUGCGUGAUGCGCGAGACUAUGAGGAAUUGCAAGAGGAAGUGUGCAGACCGGGUCUUGGCUGGACAGAAGGUGCACAAAGAGAAUAGCUACCUCGUCACUAACAAUUGCGCGAGUUGAUAAGCUCAACUUCUUUUGUACUUCUACACCAUUAGCUCGAUCAUCACUCUCUUUGAUGUACCUAGUUCUCUGAUGCGCAAGUUUGAGUCCCCUUAUAAAUGUUGUUGCAAGUCUUGUAACUCACAAGUUAUGAACUUAACUCAAAGAGUAAUUGAAUCUUUUCACUU